AAAACGUGGCUACACAAAGAAUUUUUAGUGAUACAAUGAAGCGGCACAGAGCUAGGCAAGAGAAAGCACCGCCUUUGGAGAUUUCUUUUACGGUCAGGUGGCAGUUUAUAGAAGUCUCAUCUCCAUAAUUUGGGUCUAAGUGGUUUUACAUUUCUCUAACCCCAUCUUCAGACUCCAACUUAUGGAUCGAAGGAAAAUCCUUCGUAAGAAAGUGGCAGCUGAAGGUGCUAAUGACAUUGACAGACUCCAACUUAUGAAUCGAAGGAAAAGCCUUCGCAAAAAAGUGGCAGUUGAAGGUGCUAAUGACAUUGACAGCAGUUAUAUUCACCCUCAGAAGUUUAGGGAUAAAAGUGCGACAGUAAUAAAUCACUCAAGCUUGCUGCUACUAGCCGAAGUACGGGACCUGCUGUCUGUUGAUGAGCAAGCCAUAUUUAAGGGUACAGCAAUUGGCCAUCUACUUUCAGUGCCGGAUGAUUCCAAGUUUAGCGGCACCAUAGUGCAUUUCUUACUUUCGAGGGAGAUUCAAUUGGAUGAUAAACCAGAUGAAAUGCACUUUAAGGUUGGUGGAAAAGUAUUGCAUUUUGGCAAGAGAGAAUUUUCUUUGAUUACAGGGCUUAGUUUCAAAAAAUCCGGGAAAGAUUUUAUAUCGUCCCUCAAUCCUUCAGCCCUGAUGAAGAAGCAUUUCCCCUACCAAGAUCGUGUAAGUGCAUCAGAAGUGAAGGCUCUCCUCUCCAAAAACAAUUCUGCUUGCCCUUCUCUAGACAGGGUGAAGUUGGCAUUACUUUUGGUUGUACACAAUUUCCUAAUGAGCCGUCAAUAUAGACAAGCCAUAAACAUUAGUUAUUGGCAUUUAGUUGACGACUUGGAGGAAUUUAACAAGUACCCUUGGGGUGAAGUAACAUUUCCUAGGAUUACGAAAUUUAGAUUACCACUAAUUUAUCAAGCCAACAAAGAGAACAGUGGUGCUGGUGGGGAACCGAGUUAUACGGUGGUUGGAAUUGCACAUGCCUUGGUGGUUUGGGCUCUCGCUAUCAUGCCUGGGCUGCUUAAUCUGUGUGGACGAAAGAUAGAGAGUAGAAGCUGGCAGCCUCAUAUGCUUUGUGUAUUAUGCACGAAAUCUCCUUUCUACCCCUCUCUUAUUCAAAUAUUGGGCGUGAAUGAUGUUCAUGUCUGUUCAGAUAUGAUGUGGCAAAAGGGUGAUGGUAAUCAGUUAAUAAUGCUUGGGUUAGGAGAAGGUACCCCCGAGUCAAGUUCUUCUAUCCAGACAGAGAAAGAAAGACAUGAACACCAUGUGGAAGAAUCGUCUCUGAGGGACUCUUUCCAUGAGAAGGAAGACAGUAAUCAAGGCCAUGAAGUCCCAGAACUGGCUCCCGAGUUUCUUUCCAAAAAGAGAAAGAUAAGUACAGAAGAGUCUCGCCCUGGUGAAGAAAAGAGAAUUAGUAAUUAUGAACCUGAACAUCUUCCUUCAUCAGAACAUGUAACUAUACCUGCCGUCCCUAUCCUCCAGACAGAUUGGGAGUCGUCUCCAGAUAGAGAUGCGGCUCGCUGUUUGGUGGAUCUGGCUUCUGCCUCGCUGUCCAAAAAGAGAAAGAUCAGUGCGGAAGAAUCUCUCCCUUGUGAAGGAAAUGGCAUUUGUAAUUAUGAAUCUGAACAUAUGGCUUCAUCAGAACCUAUAAGGCCUGCCAACCGCAUCCUCCAGGAAUCCGUGGCAAAAGAGAAUGAGAAUGAUGUACUCGACAGUAGUGGGAAGGACUCGCGUGGCAAGGAUGUAUCCAAAGAAAAUAUAUUAUCUUGCUCUGAAGCGAAAACUACAGGGAAUAUGUCAUCUUCUUCUGGAGCAGAAACUACGGGAGCUGAAUCACUUGAAGUGGGUGAGCUUGUUGAGGGGCCUGCGGAUGCUACAACGAAUAUAUCCUCCUUUAAGGGCCUACCGACUACCGAUUCCACCUUGUUGAAUAUUUUGACUUCGAUAGAUGUCAUUCCUUACCCCCCAGGAUUUACAAGGACUGCAGCUCAAGAGAGAGUGGAAGGGUUUGAAUAUGUGGACAACAUCAAGAUCCCAGAAGAUUUAUUGAAGGUCAUCUCGGCAAUGGAAUAUGUGCGUGGUUCAGAAUUGAGCGAAGCUUUGCUGGAGAGAUGGGAAGGAUUCAUCAAAGACGCCGAGACCUUGGAAUUCAAUAUUAAGUGGCUUCGUGAAGGACUCAAUCGACUUAAGAACCAUUGGAGGUCUUCAUUUGGGAUAGAUAGAGAAGUUGAAAGCCAUGCAGAAGUAUUAGAUGCAAUGCAGGCCAAAUAUGAUUGCCUAACGACAAGAGAAGGCGAGCUUAAUGCUGAACUUUCAGAGGUAAAAAUUCAGAAAAGGAAAGCUGAAGCGACGAUUUCAUCUGAGCGAAAAGCUAUUCAAGAAAACCUGAGUCAGAAAAUCAAAUUACAGAAAGAAUGUGUUGCAGGAAUAGUGCUUAGUUGAAUUUGUAUGCUUACUUACUCAGAGAUUACUAUGAUCCGAUGAAAGGAUGUACAGUCUGUCUGUCUUGUAAA